CAACUUAAAAAUGAUAUCGCAAAACCAGAUAAACCAAUAACAAAAGAAGAGGUAGCUAAACAUAAUAAAAAAGAUGAUGCUUGGGUAAUUUAUAAAAAUAAAGUAUAUGAAAUUACCCAUUAUCUUAAACAUCACCCGGGAG